UGGAAGAACUGCAGACCGGCCUCCCGCCGCGCCCUUGGCUGAGUCGCUGGCGGUAGUGACUGGUUCAACUCGUCCGAGAGACUUAAUUGCUGUCUCAGAACCGCACCAAAAGGACGGAUCAGUACUGGAGCGCAGGCCGCCCUCGCCUGACUCUGGCAACCGCGCCUCUCGCCCUCUCACCUCUGCCCGAUAUAUAUGGCACGCCAGGGCCACCGGGCGAUGGGGCGCGCCUGCGGUCCUCCGCAAUGGAGCUGGCGGAGCAGUCCCUGCUGGACACGCUCUCCUACCUGGAGUGCGCCCUAGGCAUCCUGACCUUCGUGCUGCUCAAGCUGGUGGGCUCGCCCUACGGGCGUUAUGCGUCGCAGCACUCAGCCUGGCGACUGACAGCGCCCACCGCCUGGGCGUUGCAGGAGCUGCCCUCGUUGGCUGUGCCGCUCUUCCUGUGUGCUGGCACACCUGCCGAGCGCCUACGCUGGUGGCCCAACCGCAUCCUGCUAGCUAUGUUCCUCGUUCACUACGUGCAACGGUCCUUAAUUUUUCCGUUUCUGAUCCGAGGAGGGAAGCCUACACCAUUGUACUCAUGUGUAAUUGCAUUCGUGUUCUGUACCUACAACGGCUACUUACAAGGCAGAUACUUAAGCCAGUAUGCAGAGUAUGCUGAUGACUGGGUCACUGACCCCCGAUUCCUAACAGGUUUUGCCCUGUGGUUAGUAGGCAUGCUGAUAAACAUUCACUCAGAUCACAUCCUAAGGAAUCUCAGGCAGCCAGGAGAGACUGGAUACAAAAUUCCAAGGGGAGGCUUAUUUGAAUACGUAAGUGCAGCCAACUACUUUGGGGAAGUGGUUGAGUGGUGCGGCUAUGGCCUGGCCAGCUGGUCUGUUCAAGGCGGGGCGUUCGCUCUGUUUACCUUUUGUGUUUUGCUCCCCAGAGCACAAGAGCACCACCAAAUCUCAUUUUAUGUUAUGCUUUGGCUAAAAAGCUCAAAACCACACAAAUAUCAGAAGAAUAACUCAGCUGCAAGGAAUCAUCAGAUACACAUCAGCUUGUUUUAUUCACCCUGUUCUGAGCCUCCUUGAAUUUAUAUGCUGGACACUGGACUCAGUGGUCAAGUUCAGUGUCGAGCAGGGCAUCUGGGAUCUGACUGGCAAUAUGCUACUUACAAGGAGGAAGGCUGAUUGCGCAGUAAUGGGAGCCCAGAAGGCCCACAGCUGGAGGGAAGGGCCAGUGUAUCAGCCCUCACGAGCCCCUUCACACAGGCGCCGCUGCCCACUGUGCUGACCUGGGGUCAGUGCACUCCCCCCAUGACAUUCAAAUGCCUUCCUUAGAAGCAGGAAUAUUCAUACUCUUAAGCAGGCUUGGCUGAAAUAACAUAUCAGCACUUCAGACUGUAAAUACAUUACAAAGUCUUAGAAAAUGAAUAAAAACCAAAGCCAGAUUUCGGGCAUCAACAAUGACAACGACAACCCGCUGAUCUCAGCCCAGCAGGAGCCCCUGUGUGCCCGUGUGCCUGAGAAUCUGCUCCCCCUCCUCCUGCCUGACCACCUUCCACGGCUGCCAUCGCCUCUGGGGGAAGAUGCUACUCCUGGACUUCUGUUGUGUUACAUAUUAAGAAACAAAUACUGUCUAGUUUCUAGUAAUAAAAACAAAUGAGUUGAUGCUGAUAUUUUAAGAAACUGGAUCGGGGAAGAUGGAACAAGAGCAUGCAAGGUCACUUGUAAAGAUCUUUCCUCAAAUGAAAAUGGAACAGGAAAUUCCCUCCCAACAUCUGAAUAUGAAACAUCUGAAACUAGGAAAUACAUAAUUCCAUUUUUUGAGAUAUUCUUUGCAUAAAGAUUCAUGAAUUGAAAGGGCUGUUUGUUAUUUGGUGUUUAAAUUAAUGUUUUUGCAAAACCGAUUUUAAUUGCUGAAUACUAGGUCAAUUCAGUUUAGUGGAAGUAUGUUUACAAAUGCUGGUUUUGUAAGCUGAAGACAAAAUGAAAGCUAUUUUUUAAAAAAUAAACCAGUGAGCCCACCUAAUUAGCCCAUCAGAUACACUAGUUCCGAGAGAAAACAGUCCACGGGGCUCAUCCUGCAGCACAGCAGCGUUUUGUUACAACAGAUUUUUGUCCGUAACUGCCAGACACAAAGUAUUUAAUUCACAAACGAUUGUCUUGGUCAUUGAGCCCCACGCCAGACAAGCUGGGUCAGCUGUGGUGAGUGCUGACAGAUAUUGUAGGGGGAGAGCAACAUUUCAGGGAGUUGUAAGGGGGCCUUUUUCACACGGCUUCCUUCCCGCCAGCCUUGGGCAUCACACUCAUGCACUGGACCAGACAGAGCAUGGCCGCGUGCACUUCUGCAGCUGUUAGGUGACAGGCUGAGUACGGAUGUGGGCUUGUCACGUCCCAAAGCUGCACCCUGGGUCCCGGCCAGCGAGGACAGCCUCUGAGAAGGGCCUCUGUUGCAAUAAUGAUCACAUGCUUACCUAUUAAAUUUAAUGUCACUUAAAAAAUGAAUUCAAAGUGUCUUUAAGGCACUCUGAUGGAUAGUGUAAUGAUUUAAAGAGUAAGGACACACAAGACUAUGAAGUGCUGCCUUGGUUUCACAGCCCCAUUCACCAGCCCCAUUCACCAUCAAACGCAAAGAGCGUGACUUGUGAGCACUUGCAAAUGUGUAUUCAGUGGUCACUGACCUGUCUCCACCAGAGCAAGACUUCCAUGAUUGAGAUUUGGGAACAUGAAGCUGGUGAGCCAGAAAAACACACUGCUUUGAAGAAUUAUCUCAGAUUUAGCAUAACCUGAAUGAAAUGUGAUGAAAUGUGCAGUCCUUGGCUAGGGGUCACUUCCCUUUCAACUGGAAGGCAAGGGGGCUUUAAGUCAGGCCCCACAAUAAAAAAAAGACAAAAAAUUGAUAUCCAGCUGUGGUCUUUGUCACAUAGGUGACAGCUUUUUGAUUCUAGACAUAGAAAAAUGAGUGAGAAAAAUAAUAUAUAUCAUGCUGCUUAUUCCCUUUUAAAAAAUAUUUAUGCAUCUACCCCCAAUUAUAAAUCUUCAAAUAUAAUUUCUUGAUCUCAGUGAUUAAAUAAUUGAGAAAAUUUAAUCAUAUAGCAAAGUAUAUUUUAUUCCUAGAAGAUAAUUCCUGUGAAAUAAAUUUAACAUAUUUGACAAACAGCCUUACUAGUGAGAAAGUGCUGCUCCAGCAAAGGCUCUUUGAAACAGCCCAGGGCACCCAACCUGCGGCGCAGCGAGUGGGUCACUGCAGGGCUGUCUCUCGUCCUCUGAUACCCUGCCAGUGCGUGUGGGUGUGGCUGUCCUGCUUUCUUGAAUUUUAAGCUGUCCUUUGCUAUCACUCUUGCCCUUUUGAAGCUAAUGUGUUCCUUUUCAAUGGGGAGUUUCUAGGAGAGAGGAGCUUGCCUCCUGCCUCUCUGGACACAGUGCCCAGCGCUGCUGACUCAUGGGGAAGCUCUUAGAAACUUGCUCAUGGUCCCUGUCCUGGUUCCGCAACAGGCUGUCUUAGUCUGUUCAGGCUGCUGUAACAAAAAGCACCAUAAAGUAGGUGCCUUAAGUCCCUCCUCUGGGUUGCAGACAGUACCUUCUUGUGUCCUUACCUGGCAGGAGCAAGGAGCUCUUUUGGGCCUCUUACCAGUGCACUAUUCCCAUCAUGUAACUCCAGCCUCAGGACCUAAUCACAUCCCAGAUCCUCACCUAAUACCCAUCACCUGGGCGUUAGGUUUUUUUUAACCUGCAGAUUUGGGGGGAGUGCACAUUAUACAGUUCACAGACCUAUGAAAACUUGGUGGCUAAUGAGCAGUAUGUGUAUUUUGCACAUUUACGUACUUCGAACUGUUGUCUGUGGCCACCUGUGCCACGGCACUUUAGUCUGCAGCAUGUCACUUUGUUGGAAAAGACCGUUGUUGCUAUGGCUGACCCGCAGGUCCCCUGCCCAGGUUCUCAGGACUUUUCUCAUCGCAUGUCCUUUGGGUGCACAGACAGCAUCUGAAAGCAAGCAUGGUGGUCUCUCAUAGUCCUCAGUUUUGGAUUGUAGUGUUAAUAAGCCUCUCCAAAAUCUAAGAUCGAUAGGACUGUGUUCACUCACUUUGUGUGCUGUUGUCAGGUAUUGCUGCCAUGUUAACAAAUAGCUAGUCAUUUUCUGUCAUGGCUUUUAUUCUGUUCAACCUUCUUUUGUGCUUAUGGAAACUCCAUUUUUCUAUUUCUUCAUCAUGUCAAAAUAUUUAAAAUUUUUACUCUGUCCACUUAGUUUCCACCCUUCCCAAAUAGCUGUUAUCCCAAAUCAAAUGAAUAUGCCUUUGUUGAUAAAAUUUAUAUCAAAAUGAAAAAUACGUAUUUGUUCUGAGUACAGGGCCCAAUUGUGAAUGACGCCAUGUUGCAUUUUCUCAGGUCUGUUUGACAGUCAUCUGGUCGGGUGCCUUUUCCACAGACCCUGGGUCUGAGGCAGUAGUUUUCUCCUGGGCUCUGGAGGGAACUGUCAGAGUCACCAGAGAUAAUUAAGAUACACCUACAGGUUCCUCCCUGUCCCCUAGUCUGCUGGCUUCCUGGGUCUGGGACGAUAGCUCCACCAUACGCUAAUCAGCAUCUUCAUCACACAUCAGUAAUUAUUCUUGCCAACUAGGAGUGAAUUAUGUGGGCCACUUCUUGUGAAUCACACUUUGUAAUCACUAAUUAUUUAAUUAUUCAUGACACAGACAAAAACCAACCUAUGUAUCUGAAAUGCCAAAGUUUUUAUGACUGCUACUUUUUAAAACUAUGCUUUUAUGAUAAAAAAAUAUUGUUCCUUUUGUUAGUAUUUUGUUUGCUACAUGUUUAAGUCACAAAAUUAUUUUCCCUUUUUUAAUGUCCUUU